AUCAUCGCAACAUGGGCGUCCGGUACCUCCUCGUGCUCGACUUUGAAGCAACGUGCAGCGAGACACUGCCCCGAGACGAAAUGGAGAUCAUCGAGUGGCCCGUCGUCGUCAUCGACGUUGUCGCCAGGACAAUCAUUGCCGAGUUUCACUCGUAUAUUCGACCGACGCGGCACGGCGGUGUCUUGGCUCCGUUCUGCACCUCGCUCACGGGCAUUUCCCAAGCGGUGGUCGAUGGGGCGCCCGCUUUUUCAAUCGUCUAUCGAGACGCCCAAGCUUUCUGCGCUCCGUACCUCGAGGACGGACUCUUUGUCACGUGUGGCGACUGGGACCUCAACGCGAUGCUGCCGACGCAGUGUCGAUUCAGCGGCGCAGAGAUUCCUGAAGCGUAUACGCGCUGGGUCAACAUCAAGUUUGCCUUCCGCGACUGGCAAGGUACGCGCGUGCGGGGCAUGGCCGAGAUGCUAGAGAAACUGGGCUUGCCGCUCGUGGGCCGGCACCACUCGGGCAUCGACGACACGCGCAACAUUGCCGCAAUCGUCUUGCGCAUGCUGGAAGGCGGCCACGACUUUGUUUACACCAGCGUCCUUCGGCAGCCCCGACACGGCAGACGUCGUACAUAG